AUGUUUACAGAGACAUAUAUCUAUCUACAUCUAUCUUCACCUACAGGUAACUUUUCAAACAUAAAGGUCUUUAAUUAUUCGUCAGGGCAAAUAAGACAACAACUGUUUGCAUUUCCGGUGACAGGAAAAGAAUCAUUUCCCAAAGGUGAAUCAGAAACUCAAUCAAUUUUUCUUUCUUUCUUUCUUUUUCUUUCUUUCUUUCUUUCUUUCUUUCUUUCUUUCUUUCUUUCUUUCUUUCUCAUCUCCCAUUUAUGUCUAUCUUUUCUUUUUAUUUCCUUUUGCUUACAUUACUCAUUUCUUUCUCAUACUUCUUUCUAUCUUUCUUUCUUUCUAUUUUACUUACAUUUCUCAAUUCUUUCUUUCUUUCUCAUUUCUUUCAUUUUUCAUUUCUUUCUCAUACUUCUUUUUUUUCUUACAUUUCUCAUUUCUUUCUUUCUUUCUUUCUUUCUUUCUAUCUUACAUUUCUCAUUUCUUUCUUUCUUUCUUUCAUUCUCAUUUCUUUCUCAUACUUCUUUUUUCUUUCUUACAUUUUUCAUUUCUUUCUUUCUUUCAUUCCUUCUUUCUUUCUUUCUUUCUUUCUUACAUUUCUCAUUUCUUUCUCAUACUUCAUUUUUCUUUCUUACAUUUUUCAUUUCUUUCUUUCUUUUUCUUUCUGACAUUUCUCAUUUCUUUCUUUCUUUCUUUCCUUCUUUUUUACAUUUCUCAUUUCUUUCUUUCUUUCUUUCUCAUUUCUUUCUCAUACUUCUUUUUUCUUUCUUACAUUUCUCAUUUCUUUCUUUCUUUCUUUCUUUCUUUCUUUCUUUCUUUCUUUUACUUUAA